GAUCAGUCCACGCUUGUCCGCCCGUGACGCGCCUCGCUCCGUCCCUCUAAGGGUCCAGGCAAGUAGCUCCGUCCCUCCGUCCAGGCAGGUAGCUCCGUCCCUCCGUCCACCUACGUACCUCCGUCCCCAGCCUGCCAACGACCAAACUGCGGCUACUUGAAGGUGUGAGGUUGAACUGUAGCUCUCGGGACGCAGAAGAUGGCCUCUCUGGUGCUGCUCGGAGCGGUGUUGUUAAUUAACUCCGUUGGUGCGGCCUCCAGCGCCCCUGCGGAGUCUGCGUCAGGCGCGGAGCGGUGUCCAGGGAGUGAUCAUAUACAGUGCGCUCACAGCGCCACCUGUAUCCCUCACCGCUACCUGUGUGACAAGGACUCAGACUGUCCCAAUCUCUCUGAUGAGGAUCUCGACCUCUGUAAAGCGUGGCGGAACGACUGCAGCCGAGGGGAGGCGCGGUGCAAGCGACAAGGGGAGUCGAACUGCGUCAGUAUCCCCAUCUACUGCAACACCACGGACCCUCCCUGUGAAGGCGACCUCGACCUGCGAGUGUGUGAGAUGCUGUACGACAAGAAGCUGCAGCCUCUAAACUCCGUCACACUUAAACACUUUGGUCAUAAAGAGACGAACCUGGAAAUGGGUGAGCAGCUGAAGGCGGAGUUCCAAAGAGCAGUGAACCUGACGAUGCAGCACUCGGAGUGUCCAGCACUGUACACCCUCGUCGGUCAGCAGUGCCUCUCUCUCUUCUUCCCCGGGGCUGUGGGAUGGGGUGAGGCCCGGGCCUUCUGCAAGCUCCUGGACGGCGACCUCCUCACCCUCAGGAACGUGACGGACUACAUGGAGCUCCUCCGUCACCUUCACCAAGCUGGGGUGACUGCGGAUUUCUGGGUGGGCGGCCGGUACGUGAACAAAACGCAUGGUUGGACGUGGUUGGACGACUCUCCCAUGGAUAUGGGCUCCCCAUACUGGGCUCUCAGGCACGGAACCACCUGCCAGGGUCGUAACGUCACCAACGAGGACACCGGCCGGACGCGGCUAGCUAACCACGGUGCCUGCUACCACUACCAGCAGGCGCCCCUCAAUUACCCCUCCGGCUGGUGCGUCGCCCUCACCUACCAGCAUUACUACUACUUCACCGACGAGGACUGUCUCCUGAAGAAGAGCCCUCUCUGUGUCUACGGUGACCCUCAAUAUCUCGAGUAGCUCCUGGCCUAACUGUACAUGCUCGAGUAACAUUUGUUCAACGUCGAACCAGUAUUAUGAAAGCUGAUUCAGUGUUGCAUUAAUGUCAUUUGUCCAGCAUUACUCCAGGGAGAAGGGUGGAGCCAUGUGAUGCAAGGGGGAGGGUGGGGCCAUGUGCUACAAGGAAGAGGAUGGGGCCAUGUUUUGCUAUGGGGGGAGGUGGUUUAUGGAGCCAUGUGCUACAAGAGGGGAGGAUGGGCCCAUGUUUUGCUAUGGGGAGAGGUGGUUUAUGGAGCCUUGCAUGUGCUACAAGGGGGAGGAUGGGGGCCAUGUGAUGCAUAGGGUAGGGGGGGGGAUUACGCUGCCUUAUACACAAGCAUUUUGGGAGUUUUGUUUGCUAAUUGAUGACAGUAGCAUUAAUUAGAUGUUGAAUCCUUUAAUUACAAAGAAAUGUUGAGGUUUCCAGUUGUUGCCACUCAUUUACUCAUUUACACUACUUAUAAGCAGUAACUACAUUAUAGUUGAUCAUUAAAUUAGAGGUUUUUAGCUAUCAUAAUUUUAAAAUUCAUGACUUUAAUUUUAAAGUCCUUGCUCUUUGUGCAUUAUUGACCAAUGUUUACUGUAUUGCUUGUGAACCAACUAUUUACAGGCCAUCCUCCUCAAAUGAUAGUAUAGUAAUUCUUUGGCCGAAAGUACAAGUAAGUAGCGAUGGUCCACCAAAAAAGUUCCCUUUUGUACUAUUAAUUUUAUAGUCCGGAAAAAAAUAAAGUUGAAACCAAACUUAAUUCCUAGACCCAGUACAGCAUAUAUAUGUACUAUAUUAGGCCUAAGUGUGUAUUAGGCGUAGGAUUGCUAGAUAUAUUAUGUUGCAGUUAAAAAGGUUUCCCAUUUGACCAAAUUCAGUAAUAUAAAAGUCAACUUUCUGGUGGUCCAUCACUACAUAUUGGUACUUUUAACUUAAUAGUUACUAUAAGUGCUACCAUUUUAGGAGGAUGGGCUGAAAUAAAUAUAUGUAUUGCAUUUUAUUUUUGUCUUAUUGAAAAUCCCCAAAAUAAACCGGGUAAUAAUUCUCGCCGGCGGAGGGCAAAAGCCUGUUCUUAGACUUUUAUUGUGGUCUUUCUAGACCAGUGGUUCUCAGCCUAUUAUGUCUCGGUCCCCCUUUUUCCUACCACAUUCUCACCUGUGGACCCCUACAACCACGUUCUCGGCUGUGGACCCCUACAACCAUGUUCUCACCUGUGGACCCCUACAACCUCGUUCUCGGCUAUGGACCCCUACAACCACGUUCUCACCUGUGGACCUCUACAACCACGUCCUUACCUGUGGACCCCUUCACGUAAACUAAGAUAUAUGACUUGUACAAGAAAUUUAUCCGAAUUUACCUGAAUUUGCUUAGGGUCCACUAGCACUCUAGGCGGCUUGUCAAAGGUCCCACCAUUUGUCCUGAUGAUUUUUUCCAGCUGAAUUAUAAAAUUCAACACAGUUUUGCCAGUUACGGCUUCUGCGGGUAGGCGGUUCCAUGGUUUUGUAACCCUGUGAGUGUAGAAAGCGAUAUGUUAUGCUGGAAACACUUUGCGUUCUGUGUCUUUAUUAUAUAUACACCUUUAUGUAUCAAAUAAGCAACCACUAUAUCAUGUUCUG